AUGAGCUCCCCAGACGAGGUGUCCGUUUGGGGGGCCGGUUUUGGGCCGGAGGGUGGCGAGCAGGCUGGCGCUGGCAUGGCCACUUCAGGAGCCCCUUGUGGCCACGGGAAUGACCACAGCCUCCAUUUGGGGGUGCUGCACAGCAGCAAGGGCGAGGGUGAGGGCAAGGGCAAGAGCGGGUUCACAGAUCCCGAGGGCUUCAGCUUCGAGUCUGAGAGUGAAUUGACAGAGCAGGGAAGGGUGGUGCUCUGGGGCUGGGAAGGCCGGCCUGACACCCCAGUCGACAACCAAGGGGACCGUGUGGACUACUCGUCCUUCCUGGCUGACGAGCCGGCUGCCUUCGUGCCACCGCCCAGCUUCCAGGGAAACAAGUCCCCAGAAAGCGCCGCUGCCAAAGGGUCCGCUGACAUCUGGGUGGACCUGGAGGUCGAUCCCAGUGGGAGAGGCGCCCUGGGCCCCAGCCCUGGAAAAUGGCAGCAGGCCUCUGCCAGCCGUCUCCACCUCAGAGGUCCUGGGCCAGGCCGGGCCUGGGAGAACCCGGAAAAGGGCUCGAAGAGCAGAUUGAGUGGCCGCGUGGAUCCCCAGCAACCCUCCGCGAAAGGCCCCGCGGGGCACGAUUCUGAUUCCCCAGAUGAGAGCAGUGACUUACCGCUGUUGAGGGUGGGCAUUCGCCUCAAUGAAGGAAGCCAGGCCAAGCCCGGCAGCCCCAAGAAGCCAGCAGACACAUCCAGACACGCAAGCUUCCACUGCAUGGAGAGUUACCUGCCCGUGCCGGGCCUUUUCCUGACCUCUGCUCCCCGCGGACUCACUCCAGUCGUGGAGACGCCGGCUGUGGGUGAGCUGGAGGACUCUCGCCAGAAGAAAAUGCAGAGCAGGGCCUGGGGAAAGGUGGAGGUCAGGCCCAGCUGCUCAGGAGCUGCCGCUGCAGGGGCCCUGCCCCAGGGCCUUUCGAGGAGGACGAUAGCCCAGAAGAAGAAGUCCCUAGGGGGUGCCUCUCAACUGGCCCCGGGAAGAGCCUUUCCUGCCUGCGGAGAGAGACUCUCAGUCGCUCCCCUGGAGUCGGCCACCUUCCCGCCAUUGUCUGGUGUGCGGCUGCAGGGGAUGUCCAAGAAACCCUAAAAGCCUAAGCACAGCAGCCCUGGGAAGAAACCAGCAGGGAGGAAGACCAGGGAGUCCCAGGCUGCGGCCAGAGAAGAUAAUGACCCAAAUAGAGAUGAGGUCCCAAGGGCCCAGCUUCCCACCCACAGGCCAGGGCUGCCUCGCCUGUCUGUGCGUCAUGGAGAAUUCAGCAGUGGCAACCCCAACAUCAGAACUCCCCAAAUUCUGGGAAGUUCACAGCCCUCGGCCUGCAGCCUGGGAGGCCUCGUGCCCAGAUGCCAUGCACCCUCCAGUAACCAGCAGCCGCCUGUCCAUCUCCCAAGACAGGAAAGGCAGCAGCAGCCCCCUGGAGCCCAGGGCUGUCCUCGGUGCAUCUUGCUGCAGAGGGAAAUUGAUGACCUUACACAGCAACUAGGUAUGACGGAGCCCUGGCCGGGGCAGGGAUGGACAGCGGUGUCUUUCUGCAGGUGCCGGGGGCAGGGGUGGGCUGCAGAUAAAGGAAGCGUCACUGGGACUGACUUUCCUCUGGGGAAGAGAACCACGCAAAGCCUGGCCCUGGAGCCUUCUGUGCCUUUCCAGCUAGGGGUGUGCACAGACAGCAAUGUGUCGUCUGAACUCCGUGUGCACUUUGUCCACAAGUCCCAGAGAUCUUCUCUUAGGACGUGGCCACGCAGUCCUUCACUGACAAGUUCCAGGACCUUUGAAGUUGGAGCCAGCAUCUUCCUACAAGACGAGCAGCUGCUACCUUUGGAGCUCCAGAGCUGCAGCCAAGCGGGUUUCCUCCGUAUCCUCCUCAGCCAGGGCUUUCGCUCUUCCCCUGCAUUGGCUCACUUCCCAACGCAGUUCAAAGCCGUUUGAAAUAAAGUCGUUCUCAUA